ACAUUAUUUUUUUCGUAGCUAAUCGCUGAAGCUAAUGAAACAUUUAUGCAUAUAAGUAAAACAGUUUUGCUAUGUAUUGCUUGAAGUGCGCAGACAAUUGGCUGUAGAUAACAUUUAUCAGAUCACGAAUCCUUUAUGACGAAAACAUUAAUUUUAUACUAUAAUUUAAAUGGUGGCGUUGGAUUUUGGUUCCAAUGACAUAGCAGGUAAGAUGACUACAUUACAUGUAAUGUAUGUUCUUAUUAUUGCUUUAGCUUAAUCUGACGGAAUAUUACUUGAGAAUUCAAGAUUAUUUGUUUAUGAUAGAGGUACACUUAAACGUCACAGACUUUGGUGAUAAGUCUUUUUUUAAGAUAUGAGUAGAAAAAUAAUGUAAGUCAAAACUUCCGUUGAUAUGAUAAUGGUACUCAUUGAGCAGGCAGGAAUCGUUUAAGUUGCACAACAUUUAGAUUACUUUAAAAAGAGUCACACAUGAGAGAUUCUAGGGGCAAUUUACCAGAAUAUAGAUACGGUUUUCAAAUCUAGAAAUAAAAGAGUUGAACGAAGUUCUGGUGAUUAUAUUAUAUGUAUAAGUACACCAUAAUGUCAUAUUCAUUACGUGAAGGCCGGUUUACACUUUGCGAAGUGUGAAGUGAUAAGUGUUAAGCGUUAACUUUACGCGAUAAGUGUCAAGUGUUAAGUAGUCUUUUCCAUCUCCGUUUACACAGUGUUUAGGAAGAAGCUCAUAGUAGUACUGUCCGUUGUGCAUAGUGUCUCUAGAAAUGGAAGAUCAGAGCCUAAUAUUGAGACAAAUAAUUAAGGAGAUUGUAUCUGUUGUGGUAUCUGAUAUAGAAAAUGAACUCAAUUUUGAAAUCGGGAAUUCCCAUCGCUUCACUCAGUUUCAAUAGGGCCGCAUCUCUCAACUGUUUGUUUUUAAAUUCUGCGCACUUUACAUUGUAUGUAUAGGCAUUCAAACUUUAUGUAUUCUUGUACGAAUUUUAAAGUAGACGGAACAACAUGUUCCGUCUACUUCAUUUUCGCUUUGAACUUGACACUGCGCACUUAACACACACGUAUUUACACACUGAUAAGUACAGGCAAAUUGCGAGAGAGGGUAGUAGAAAAGUUGAGAGGGGGUAGUCACUUAACAACAAAAAUAGACCUUGAUUCUAUUCACUCGCACUAAUCAAUAAGUACUAAUCGCACGUAUCACUUAACACUAAUCACUUUACGCUUCCGUUCACACCUUGAUUACUAAACACCUGCACUAAUCACCUGCACUGUUAACUUAACAAAGUGUAAACCGGGCAUUAUCGAGGCUGGCGUGAGAGCAUUUAUCACACGAGUGACACUGCAAUAACACGUGUAGGUCUCAUGGCGUGGUGACUUCGCUCGGUUACAUAUUGAAAAUAGCCGUUUCCACUAGUUCCAUACUGUAAAAUAAAUAAUAUAGGGAUAUAUAAAAUAAAUGACAUGGUUGGUCCCGAGGUUUGGUGCACAAAAAGGUGAACAAAACUUUUUAUUCAUCAAGCACUGGCUGUCUUUCCAUUUAUGUUUUUAAAACAAAAACAAUUGCGUCAAGUUGACAUUGCGUUUACAGCAAGGAAAACCAAAAAAUAUUGCUUUGAUUUACUUUUACACAGAAAUUCAUUUAUAUUUAAUAUUUUUAUCAAAACAGUUGUUUGUUGUUCCAUAGCUUUAAAAUGUAACAUUUUUCGAUUUGUUUAGACCCCCAAGUCAUUGACUUGAGAUGAGGGGCACCUUUACAUCGUAACUGGUAAAGUGUUUACUGCUCCGAAAGAUUAAAAUACGAAGAGAUAGUUGAAUAUUAUUAUAUUUAUAACUUAGUAACUUGGCAAUUCAAAAACAGUAACAGUUAAAUUCGCUACCGUUAAUUUGGUGUCCGUCAACGAUGUUGACUUGCAGUCAAAAUGCCCAACUUGCAGUCUACAAAAAAUCUGAAUAAUGGAAAAUGACCCUAGCAAAAAAGAGUCGAAGGGGAAGAGGAUAUUCAAAAAAGCAAUUCGUCGCAAUAGCAAAUCUAACAAUAGCAGUCAGAACUCUGCCUUAGAGCAAGGCAUCGGCGUGACACGAUCAAAGAGCUUCGAAAAUAAAAGACUUUCCAUCGAGAUAAACGACAGUGCGCCGCUACCCACACCCGAUGGCACCAAGGAAAAGGUGGAUGCUGGUCAGAAAAUCAAGCUAGAAGAUAAAUCACAAAACCAGGAAUGUGCCUUGACAAUCCAGGAUCAGCUAACAGACUCGGGCAAAAACAGAAAGGUCGUGGGCAUACAGGACACCAAAGAGACGCCCUCUGGAUCCAAGAGCGCCAAAUUCAUUUCUCCUAAGCUUGAGAUAAAAGAGCCGCGCCCUUCAGAAGCAGAAGGAGGCAAAAAGAACCUUAAAAGGAAAUUGGAAGAGGAGAGCGGAGCCGGCACAAGCGGGGCGAGCACUGGCACGUCGGACACCGAUGCGGACGACAAGGAUCCCAGCAAGGACAAAAAGAAAAAGAAUAGAUGCGCCGUUUGCCGCAAGAAGGUUGGCCUCACAGAUGUGUAUGGUGGUGUUGGCUCAGGGUUCGAGUGCCGCUGCGGAGGGCUGUUCUGCGCGGUGCACCGGUACAGCGACAAGCACGAGUGCUCGUUCGACUACCGGGAGCUGGGCGCGCAGGAGAUCCGCCGCAACAACCCCGUCGUGGUGUCGCAGAAGAUACACAAGAUAUGAGCCUGUCCGCCUGUCCGCCUGUCCGCCGGGCCGCCUGGCGCGACACCACCCUCACCGCACCGCAUUACAUACGUUUUAUGAUUUUCUCUAAAUAAAUAUUCGAUCGAGUUUGUGUUUCUUAUUUGAAUUUUGUAUGUAUUUUCGAGCGCAGGCCGGCCGCGCCGCGCCGUCGCUCGUUCGGGUUUCCGUUUCUUUUCUAUUUUCUGUCUGACGAGCGCUCGUUUGGCUCGCGACUGACAACUGUUCGGACGACGCGACCGCGUAGGAAACACAGACUCGAUCUUCUGUAUUUAGAUUUAUUUGUGGCGAGAGUUUACUUUUAAAUUUUUAUUAAAAGUUGUAGAUAAUGUUCGUUUCGGGUAGGAAUUCAGGAUUAAUUUUUGAGAUAAUAAGUAGAGUUUGAAUAUUGUCCGUUCACCUCCAUUGUAAAUAUUAGAUAUAAUUAAUUAUAGAAACAAAUCCUAUAUAUUGUAAAAAAUUAAAACUCCCAAAAAAAGCUACAUUGUUAUGAUUCCAACGGAGAGCGUAGCGCGCUUGACUAUAUCGACGUAACAAUGGUAUGCUGGAGCCGGACGCCGGACAGCGGCCGGACAGCGGCUCUCCGUCGAUCGCCUAGUUGUACAUUGUAAAGGAGUUCGCUGCCGCCGAUUGACUCGUGUUUGUGACAAACAUUCGAUACGUGAUAUGAGUAGUGGAGCUCCGCGAAGCCGCAUCUGUGCUAGACAAGGAUUAGUUCGCGACUGCGCACCGCGGCGACCGCACAUCUCGGACUGUGAAUUAACAUCAUCUUCAAAUUGUUAGUAAUGUUAUUUUGGUUUGGGAAGUCGUCGCUUUCUUAUUUGUCUUAACAUUCGGCAUAAGUGACCUAGUGUUUAGCGAGAUUGUGGUGUGUAUCGGCUAAGGUGAGCGCGGCGGCUGCGGGCGUGCGGUCGGUCGGACACUCGGUAGGACAGUCGGUACGGACGGUACAGUACAGUGACAGUGAAGUCGCGAGCUCGCCUGCCGCGGCCGCACGAGCCGCCCCCACGCCGCUCCGCUCUUUGUGUGAAAAUUUAAAGUAAGCAUAUGGAUAGUUAUAAAUAUUAUAAGUAGUCGACACUUUAUAUUAUUACACAUAUAAGUAGAAAAAGAAUUAUUUAGCUUUUUUCUUUUAAUCACAAUAUUAUUCAAAAUUGUAAGUUGUAUUAUGUAACUUGUUCAUUUUAGUGGUGAAGUUGAACCAAUAAUAACUAUGUAUCGCUUCGGUCGUUGUCCACGGUAGACUAACUGAUUGGUUGGACUUAAUUAUUUAAUGACUUUUGUUGUAUAUUUUGUUAGGUCAUUGAUUAAUUUUGGUCUUUUCGCUUGAACAUAAUCAGAUAAAGAUGAUGUUAAUGAAUGAUUUUCCUUCUAUCUUGCUGUUUUAAUUUAGUUAUUCUCUUAUUAAAGUCAUUAAAUUUUCAGGAACAUAAA